AUGACAGCAGACAUACCCUUUUAUUGUACAAAUAACGAUGAUAACGUGUUGCGUUUGUUCGUUAUUAGACAUGGACAAACUGACUCAAAUUUGAAUAAAAUUCUUCAAGGGCACAAGGACACUGAACUGAAUGCCACGGGUCGUGAACAGGCAUCCAAAUUGGGAGAAUACUUAUCGAAGGAAAGAGAUAUCCAUUUCGACAAGAUUUAUUCCAGUGACCUUCAGCGUUGCCAGCAAACCGUCGAUUCAAUGCUCCAGCAUUUCGAGGACCGGGACCGAAUUGAAAUUGUUACCACCGACAAAUUAAGAGAAAGAUGCAUGGGUGUGAUAGAAGGAAUGUAUUUGCGAGAUGCUGAGGCCUAUGCUGAAAAAAUGGGGAAACCUUCUUUCCGUGAUUUCGGUGAAGAUGCGCAUGUGUUUCAAGAACGUUUGUCUGGCGUGAUUAACGACAUUGUGACUAAAAAUGCUGCCAAUAAGAAUCUAGCAGUUGUAAGUCAUGGUGGUGCAAUCAGACAAAUACUACGGUUGCUAAACUACGACGAGCAAAAUGCUAGUAAAAUUAUCGUUUUUAACACCUCUGUUACCAUCAUUGAUUACAACAAAGCCGACCAUCAGUUCGCUGUUAGACGUGUCGGAAACACCCAACACCUAGGCUCCGGAGAAUUCAUCGUCAGCGAUCUCAAUCUAAGAUAG